UAUUUUUGGACCUCGGCGGCUCCUGUAGAGUGGGACCUGGGCGUCGACUAGAGUGGGUGUUCGCACUUUAAUUGUUGCAGCGUAGGAGGAAACAGUCAGCUUUACCUAAGUAAAAGAGCUCGGAGGCGGCUAUUACAUAAACUGAGUUGAUAUAAACACAGAAAUAGUGAAAAUGCUUUCAGUGUCGCUGGACAGCAGCGGUUCUCCCAGGAAGAGGACUAUUUCCCGAGGUCUGAGCGAAGACGAAUCUCUGCGCAGCAUCAUAUCGGAGAAUGAGAAUUCAUCCAGACGUUUGACACGAAGUGACAGUCGAACUCUGAGGAAGAGGACUGACAGUCAGCAGUCUGACAAAGAUCUCCUCAUGGGCCUUCCUGGUGAAAUGCUGGAGCUGCAGGCCAGCUAUGACGAGGUGGUGCAGGAGCUGCGUGGGCUGGAGGUGGAGCGGGAGGCUCUGUUGUUCCAGGUGGAUGUCCUGCAGGACACGCUGGAGAGUAUAGAGGAGCUGCUGGCCGAGGCCCAUAGGGAGGCUGGACAGGCUAACUCGGCGUUACAACAGGAGAAGGACGCAAAGAAAAAGCUGGAGAACAUGGUCUGCUCUCUGACAAAAGAGGUGGAAGAAUUGAAAGAGGAAAGAAAGAAAACACUGGCUUCCAUGAAUUCAAAUGAAACUCAGGUCGACUCUGCGAGAAAGACACCGACCAGUAAAGACGACGCCGAGGAGCAGAAGAAAGGAACAAACACAGAAGAAAAUAACUCGUCUGUGUGUGAAGGUCAGGGCAGUGAGGGCAGAGGGAGCAUAGUGAACAAACCACUGGGCCACUUUCCCUCUCUUGUACUUGACAACCCACUCUCUGGAGACGGCGUCCUCUGGAGGCCAUGCGAGAAUGGCAUUGACCACAGUCGAGAUUCUUCUCCGGACAGGAAUGACUCCGACAACAUAAGUGCCUACGAAGACGCCUGCGCUGAGACUCCAGAUCAGGACAGGGUCUUUCCCAGUGAUGGAGACACCGUGGAUCUGCCUGACGACGUCUGUCAGGAAGAAGCUUCAAGAAACCCUGAUGCAUGCGUUGUUUCUUAG